AUGGCAGAUAAUUUGCCUAUCGAUGUCAUUCAGUCGCAUCAAGAUGACCAGGAUUCGGUAACGAGCUCCAAACAUGCUGCCGAUAUCGCGCAACCCCAGAUUACCCCACAACCCGACCCCGACGAGAAGUUCAAGCACGACGUACCCCCUGAUGGUGGUUAUGGCUGGGUCUGCGUUGCCUGUGUUUUUUGGAUCAAUGCCCAUACGUGGGGGAUCAAUAGCAGCUACGGCGUCUUUCUUAGCUACUACCUCUCCCAUGAUGUUUUCCCCGACACUUCAGCCCUCGCCUACGCCUUCACAGGUGGUCUCAGCAUAUCCUGCGCGCUCCUCGUCGCCCCAUUAGCAACAUUCCUCAUUCAACUUUACGGCACCCGUCUUGUGCUGAACAUGGGCGUCUUCUUCGAAACCCUCUCCCUUAUCGGCUCCUCUUUUGCGACACAAAAAUGGCACAUCUUCCUCAGCCAAGGCGUCUGCUUCGGUUGGGGAAUGGGGUUUCUUUUUGUCGGAAGCGUCGGUAUCGCGCCACAGUGGUUCCAGAAACGUCGCAGCGUCGCAAUGGGCAUCACGGCUGCAGGCUCAGGUCUUGGUGGUCUAAUAUACUCGCUAGCAGUGGGAGCGAUUAUCCCACGCUACGGACUCGGCUGGGCGUUCCGAGUUCUCGGCAUCGUAUCUUGUGUGGUAAAUCUCGUGUGCGGAAAUUUGCUUCGCGAUCGCAAUAAGCUUGUCGGAAGUCGGUUUACGGCUUUUCAUUUCCCGUUGCUGCGUCGGCCCGAAUUCCUUCUUUUCUUAGGAUGGGGGUUCUUCAGUAUGCUGGGUUAUGUGGCACUGCUCUUUAGUGUAGCUAACUUUGCGCUCUCAGUUGGAUUGACCUCGCACCAGGGCAGUGUUGUUUCGGCACUUUUGAAUUUAGGGCAGGGUCUUGGACGUCCUUUUGUUGGCAUGUUCAGCGAUAGCCUGGGUCGGAUCAAUAUCGCUACAUUUCUGACGUUCAUGUGUGGGCUCUUCUGCCUUGUUAUUUGGAUUUUCGCCGAUAGCAUGGGCGUGGUAUGUUUCUUUGCUGUGCUUGUGGGGACCGUCUCGGGUACUUAUUGGGCUACUGUUUCGCCUGUGUUGGCAGAGAUCAUUGGACUGAGAGAUUUACCGUCCGGUCUGAGUAUCACUUGGUUGUGGCUUGUUGCCCCUUGUACAGUCUCGGAGGCAAUUGCGUUGGAGCUUCGUCGUUCUACUGCCGAUGGUGGUACUUCGUAUCUUCAUGUGCAGAUAUUCACGGGCGUUAUGUAUAUAGCUGCUUCGUUUUGUCUAUGGCUUGUCCGUGGUUGGAAAGUCGGGGAGCUUGAGCGUGCUGAACAGAGACGGGAGUCUGUUGCGCGACAGGGACCUUUGACUGGUAGCCCUGGUGAGAACGAGAAACAAGGCCUUCCGGCAACAAUCGCAUCUGGCUCGGAGGUGGGAGCUUCUGAUGUGCACCUAUGGGCUCCAUUGAGCAUGGCAAAAUGGAUGAUCACGGCCAAAAAGGUAUAA